CCGAGAGCCAGAUGGCCCACCACAAACCGUUCCUGCGCACACCCCUUGGCGUCAUACGGGAGCAGCCGGUCGUGGGAGGGCGGACGGCUCGCCUUACGACGCAGGGGGGAGAUAGAACACCGUGCAGGAAAAUAGAACGCCAUGUAUCCAUCUGAUUCCGCCCGCAGCCAAUAGCAGCGGAGGGCUUCACGCUCUCGGCCAAUGAGCGGCCGGCUCCUGUGGGCCCGGAUUUCCUCGUCCUCCAUCCAGCUUGCGGUUGCUGGUGGAGGCAGCGGCCGGAGCUGCGCGCGUCUCCUGCUGCCGCUGCCGCUGCCGGUGCGCAAGACGUGGAGGAAAAGCCCAAGGCGGCCGUGCUGGACGUUCAGCCAUGAGCACGUCCGGUUCUCUCCUGUGGGCGGUCGACAUCUUCGGCCGCGUCUACACUCUUUCCACUGCCGGCCAGUACUGGGAACUCUGCAGAGAUGGGGAGCUGGAGUUUAAGAGGGUUUCUGCCGUCAAGCAGUGCUGCUGGGGAAUUGCGUGCGACCACCAGGUCUACGUUUACAUCCACUCCAACGACGUCCCCAUCCGGUACCAGGAAGAAACCUACGAGAACCAGCGCUGGAAUCCCGUGAUUGGCUUCUGCGAGAAGUUAUUGCCCAGUGACCGCUGGCAGUGGAGCGAUGUGAGUGGGCUGAAGCAUCAGAUGCUCGAAAGCUUUGAGUUGCCGUCGCCUCACUGGGAAUGGGAAGCUGACUGGUAUGUGGAUGAAAAUUUUGGAGGGGACCCCACAGAGAAAGGGGGCUGGACAUACGCCAUAGAUUUCCCAGCCACCUAUACCAAAGACAAGAGGUGGAAUUCCUGUGUGCGACGGAGGCGGUGGAUUCGGUACCGGAGAUACAAGUCGCGAGAUACAUGGGCAAAGAUUCCAUCCCAACAGGAUCCCAAACAGUUGCCGGAUCCUUUCAAUGAUCUUUCCGUCGGAGGAUGGGAGAUUACAGACGAGCCAGUGGGAAGGUUGUCAGUCUGGGCUGUGUCUUUGCAAGGAAAGGUCUGGUACAGGGAAGACGUCUGCCAUCACAAUCCGGAAGGUUCUUCGUGGUCUUUAAUUGCUACCCCUGGGGAAGCCGUCCAGAUCAGCUGCGGGCCGUACGACCUUCUCUGGGGAACUCUUUGGGAAGGGCAGGCGAUCGUGAGGGAAGGGAUUGACAGGAACAACCCUCAAGGAAUUUCUUGGACGAUUGUGGAGCCACCGGUCCCAGAGAAUGGAAUCUUACAUGUGUCAGUGGGUGUGAAUGUUGUUUGGGCAGUUACCAAAGACCGAAAAGUCUGGUUCAGAAGAGGUGUGAACUCUCACAAUCCUUGUGGCACCAGCUGGAUCGAGAUGGUUGGCGAGAUGGUGAUGGUAAACGUCGGCUUGAAUGACCAGGUCUGGGGGAUCAGCUGUGAGGACAGAGCCGUUUAUUUCCGUCAAGGUGUCACCCCAAGUGAGCUGAGUGGGAAAACAUGGAAAGCAAUUGUUUGCAGCCGAGAUAGUGACCGAUCGCAGACUGGCAGCUCAACAAGUCUCCUCAGUGCUGGCUGUUUCUUCACGGACGACAUCAAGGAACAAACCAACUCCAUAUUCCGAAGUGAUGGAGACCUCCCAUCCGAUAUCGAGGCACCUCUGGUUCUGGAAAACGUUUGCCUGCCUGGGUGUGCGGCUGGUGACAACAAGCCCCCACAGGCCCCGGAAUCGGACGCAGGCCCGGCUGUGAAUCUUGUCCCAUCCCCUCUUGACGAAGCCAACCCUGCGGCGGAUAAAGGGCUGGCGGAUGUCCCAGAAGCGCCUGCCUUGGGUCCAGAGUCUCAACCCGCUGAAUUGCAGUGGACAAACAUUGACCUGAAGGAGGCCAAGAAGCCAGCUGCAGCCUCUGCAAGCGCCUCGGCUGAGGCAUCCAGCCUGUCCUCUUUUGGCACGUUGUCCGUUGGCAUAGAGGAUCAUUUGGAGGCUGACGAACAUCCGUUGUGGGCCUGGGUCUGUGGCGGAGGCUGCUUUGUGGAUUCACACAGCUCCCUCAAGUGGUUCACGGUGCAGUCAGCCUUAUCCUCUUCUGGGCAGUCCCUUUCUCUCUCCAUCACCCCUGCACAGACUGCCGUGUGGCGGAAGCAGAUCUUUCAGCAGCUCACGGAAAGGACUCGGCGGGAGGUGGAGAACUUCCGACACUACGAACAGGCUGUCGAGCAGUCUGUCUGGGUCAAAACUGGAACCUUGCAGUGGUGGAGAAGCUGGAAGCCUUACAGAUGGGUUGAUGUGCGGGUGGCCCUCGAGCAGUUCACUGGGAACGAUGGCACACGGGACAGCAUCCUCUUCAUCUAUUACAUGCACUACGAGGAGAAGAAGUACAUCCAUGUGUUCCUCAAUGAAGUCACCAUCCUGGUUGAGAUCCUGAACGAGGCCAAACAUUCCUUCGCUCUGUAUACGCCGGAAAAAACCAAGCAGCGCUGGCCCAUCCGACUAGCGGCUGCCACCGAACAGGAGAUGCACGACUGGCUGGCUCUCCUGAGCAUGUCCUGCUGCGAAAGCCGGCAAAUCCAGGGCCCCCCCUCCCAUCAGGCCAUCUGGUCCGUGACCUGCAAAGGGGACAUCUUCGCUAGUGAGCCAAGUCCUGACAUGGAGGCAGCGACACACCCAACACCGUGUGACCAAAUGUUCUGGCGCCAGAUAGGUGGACAUCUCCGAAUGAUUGAAUGCAACAGCCGCGGCAUAGUCUGGGGCGUGGGGUACGACCACACUGCCUGGGUUUACACCGGUGGCUAUGGAGGAAGUUUCUUCUCAGGUCUAGCAAGCAGCACAGAUAACAUUUACUCGCAGUCGGAUGUGAAGUGUGUCUACAUUUACGAGAAUCAGAGGUGGAAUCCUGUCACUGGAUACAGCAGCAGGGGCCUCCCAACGGAUCGGUAUAUGUGGAGCGAUGCCUCCGGCUUGCAGGAGUGUACAAAGACCAACACCAAGCCCCCGUCGCCACAAUGGUCUUGGGUCUCUGACUGGUACAUCGAUUUUAGCGUUUCGGGUGGCACUGAUCGGGAAGGGUGGCAAUACGCAGCUGACUUUCCAGCGUCUUAUCACGGGCACAAGACAAUGAAGGACUUUGUGCGGCGAAGGCGCUGGGCCAGGAAAUGCAGAUAUGUCACCAGUGGUCCUUGGCUGGAAGUCCCCCCAAUAGCCCUGUGGGACGUUUCCAUCAUUCCUGAAUCUCUGGCUGCUGAGGACGAGUUUGUGGCUCUCUGGGCUAUCAGCGACAAGGGAGAUGUGCUUUGUCGACUAUGCAUCACGCCCCAAAACCCAGCUGGAACAUCCUGGCUCCACGUGGGAACAGAUCAGCCCUUCGUUUCGGUUUCCAUCGGAGCAUUUCACCAGGUCUGGGCCGUGGCCCGCGAUGGCUCCAUCUUCUAUCGCGGUUCAGUAUCGCCAAAGAAACCUGAAGGUGACUGCUGGUACCAUAUUCCUUCUCCCCCGAAGCAGAAGAUAAAGCAAGUCUCUGUUGGACGAACCUCUGUCUUUGUUGUGGAUAAAAAUGGUAAUCUGUGGUAUCGCCAGGGAAUCACACCAAGCUACCCUCAAGGCUCCAGCUGGGACCACAUUUCAAACAACGUCCGCAAAGUGUCCGUUGGGCCUUUGGACCAGGUCUGGGUGAUAGCUGACAAAGUACAAGGGAGCCAUAGCUUGAGCUGUGGAACGGUCUGUCAUCGGACGGGAGUCCAGCCAAUGGAGCCAAAAGGCCAAUCCUGGGACUACGGCAUUGGGGGAGGAUGGGAGCACAUCACAGUAAGAGCGAACGCCAUGGAGAGCACCAAGGCCGUAGCCCAGGAAGCCUCUACAGGGCGUCCCACUGAGCCCAACGAAACUGAAACUGGAGAGAGCGAAGGAAGAGGAGACCCUCCCCAAAACACCGUCUUGGUGGACACGGCUCAGGGCUUGGACCGGCACGCUGUGCAAUGUUAAUGCGCUCCAUUCUCUAGAGACGUGGGUGUAGGAUUUUGCUUCCUCUCCACUCACUUCACGCACUCCCAAUCGGUGUACAGUUUCAGUGGAUCUGUGCCUGUUUCUGAACACUUUAGUUUUGCCCGGACGGAAGAGGGAGUUGUGUGUUCGUGAAGGCUUAAGGAGUCCAAAUCUGCCUAGUUCUGUGGUUGGUUGUAGACCUUUUGUUUAUUUCAGUGGGUUUUGGGAGACUAUAAUAGAAGACCCCCCCCCCAUGCAAGCCCCCCCUUGAAACACUGAGGAGUUUGCACAGCCACAAGCCUCUGCAGAUCAGAACCAUGGAUCCAGGGAAUCAAACCUGGUCCUCUCUGAUUGCUGCGGGACUCCAGCUCCCAUCAGUCAACAUAGCCAAUGGUUGGUGGUGAUGGGAGCUGUAGUCUAACAACAACAAGAGCAGGACAGUCCCAACUUUCCGUCCUUUAGAUGCGUUGUUCAUUAGAACUGGAUUUUUCUAAGUGAACCUUUUUUAUGUUUGUUUUUGUGGGAGGGCGUUGUUGUUGGGUCUUUUUUGUAAUUAAUUUAUUCUCUUCGUAAUAUUUAUUAUGCACAGCACUGCCGAAUAGGCUACGGUGAUGCCAGAUCUUCCCAAUUAAGCUGAGCCCUUUUUUUAGGCAGCUGCUAUGAAAACUGAGACGAAUGUAAAUAGGACUCGUGACGUCCUGGUUCCCCCCACCCCCUUUUCAUCAAACCUGUGAAAUGAUGAUCCCACUAAUUUCAUUGGAUCUGCUGUGUGAGGUCAAGUUCUUGACCGGUGAGAAUCCCUCUCCCUUUUCGGAGGUGAUUUGCCGAAACUGAAACUCUUAGGAUUAAUCCUGUGUAAUGUGCUACUGCUUUCUUCUUUCCUUUUGCAGUACCAGUUAGAUCUGCUCUAAAAUAGUAGCGAAACAAAGUUAAGUCAGCAGCACUGGUCGGCAACUGGCUGCCUCGUGUCAGUUGGCGCCCAUGAAAUAUCACCAGCACGUCUUCUAACAACUGCAAGUGGGGCAAGCCAAUAGAAAGCACAUUGGAUGCUCCUGCACCUUACAGCUCCUUGCCACCACUCACCCACUUUAGAUAGUGCCAACCUGGCACCCUCCAGAUAUAGUCCAAUAACAUAUGGAGGUCACCAUAUUGUUGAAGGCUUGGAUGGUGUAACCUGGCUUGUAAUUGAGGCAGAGAGCCAAAGCAGCCUGACUCCUUGCCCCUUUUGAAUUGCCCUGCCAGCCAAUCUAGUUGCUGAUCACAAUCACUCACCUGUCUUUCGAUUUUGGAGGUCAGGCUGGUCUGUAAUUGCAGGGGGAAGAGGAAGGUAUAUUACAGGAGUGAGGAACCUGUGGCUCUCCAGCUGUUGCUGAACUACAGCUCACCUUAGCCCCAGCGAGCUUGGCCCAGGGAUGAUGGGAGUUGUAGUUCAGCAACAUCUGGUUGGGCCAAAGGUUGCCAACACUUGGUUUACUGCCUUCUUUUUUAAAAGAAAAAAAGGACAUUUCCUCGUGUAUGCAGUUUAAUAAAAGAAAAAUGUAGAUCAGCUGAUAACAACAAAUAUCGACACAACUUCACUUCUUAAAGCAUUAGUCACUUGCACCAGGUGUGGAUAAACUUGGAGCGUUCUUGUUCUUUGCUGCUUAUUUUAUCUCUAGCUCUUCUCAAGAUGCACUUUAAAAUUAGACCUUCCUUUUCGGAGAGAUAAAAGAUGCACGCUUUGUUCCUUGUUUGCUGUUGCAGCAAAGCAGUUUGCAGGAGCCGUUUGGGCAUGAACCGUUGCGCUGCCACUCCAUUUAGUGCUCCCAGUCCAGGUUUGAUAUUUCGUAGAGCUUGGGAGAUAUGUAUUGCCACGAGUGAGGGAUCUUGCCAGCCGCAUAGGGCACCCCACAGAAUCAUCUACAGUUGCCCCUAGAGCAGAACGUGUUUUACUAAUUUCUGCUUGAUCCGGACAAUCAGUUCCAUGUUCUGCUGGGCCCUAAAUCGGUGCUGGUAGAAGCCUUCCUAGACUAUACCAGUUCAGAAUGCAGGAGUGGGGUGUAUGUGACCAGGAUAUGUUUUUUUAAAAAUGGCACAUUUAGAGAGACAGACCUAUAUCCUCACUUCCCACGAUGGCAUUUCUGACAUGUUGGAGCCUUUCAAAGCAAACCUACGAUUGCCUCCAUGCAUAUGCCAAAGUGGUGCAGUUGAGGUGCAGCUGCGCCAUGCAAUAUUUUUGAUGUAUGGUUCAACACGGACAGCCCAAUCUUGUGUUUGCUAAAAGGGUCUCGCGGGGGCUUCUUCAUUAAGGCUUCUUCCAACGCGUGGCUGCCCUGGGCUACAUGCUGAAUGCAAGUCAGAAUCGAAAGCAGGAAAAUGAUCAAGAGUUCACUACUGGGACUUUGCAGGCUGCAACUCUUGUACUUUUUCUUUUUUAGAAAAAACAAACACACAAGAACUGUGUGGCUAAGAAUGUGGAAGGCACAGAUUUUCCCCAUCACAGAAGCCUCAUCAGAGCAACUAUUAAAGGCACAGCAGCCUUGAUCAGAAAAGGAGCUGUUUGCUGGACAUCUGAGCCAGGUGGCCUACAACUCCCAUGAUCCCUAGCUAGCAGGACCAGUGGCCAGGGAUGAUGGGAAUUGUAGUCUCAAAACAUCUGGAUGGCCGAGGUUGAG